CUUGAAGAUCGCAUGAGCAAUAGGUACAGGGAAUACUUCGCACUAUUCCCUGAAAGACUUUUUCUCAAGAUGCACAAUCCGACCACACUGUUGCUGGCCUGUUUGAUGUUCCAGGCUGGACAGUGUUUUCUGGAAAAACAAGAAGCAAUCUUUAAAGGAGCUCUUGGAAUCCUGAAGUCUUCGGAGGAUGUCGAGGAAAGGACAAAGGCGGUGGGACAACUCACAUCUGUCUUCGACACGAUGAAAGAUGAGAUUAAUUACCUGAGAGAAGAGAACGCCGAACUGAAGGAUAAUGAGCUGGAUAAUUUUGGAAGCGAAUAUGGCUCGAAGAAUGGAACCGGUCAGAGAAGAAACCUUUAUCCGUGGGACCCAGCCAACACCAAUAACAAUCAAUGGUCACAAACAGUCACAACUGUAACAAGCGCAACAUCCACGACAACAAGGAGGCCCAAGACGACAAAGACUCCUGAAAUAAAAACUUUGUCUACUAAAGAAAGAGAAAUGCACGAGGCAGCAACGAGGGGCUGGGACGUGACGAUCGCAGCGCUGUGUGCCGAAGGAGUGAACCCCAACACCGCGGACAUCAACAACCAGGGCAACACCCCGCUGCACCUGACCGUGGCGGGGCGCCACCUCCCGGCAGCCAUGACCCUCAUCAAGUGCGGUGCCAACGUGAACGCCGCCAACACCAUCGGCAACACCAGCCUCCACCUCGCCAUCGGGCGGAACGACAACUGGAUGACCGGUCUCCUCCUCUUAGCGAAGGCCAACCCCUUCAUCUCCAACACCUACGGGGCCAUACCCUACCAGAUGGCCGCCGUUGCGACGGACGCCAGCAUUCCCGGGAUGAUGAACACCACCCUCUUGGCCUGGUUCGCGGGAUGGAGGAGCCUCAACGACAGGGAAGUCCUUUCGAGGAACUAUAUUACCAACGGAUACUACGUGGAGCUGUCGAGGAUGUGCAUCGAGGGCUGGAUCGACCCGAACCUCGGAGACGCUAACAACAGACGAAACACGGUAAUGCACAUCGCGGCGACCUCUCAGUGGAACCACCCAAUGGUGGUGCAGGCACUGGUGCGCUGCGGUGCGAACGUGAACAUUCCCAACUUGGACGGUAACACGCCAUUGCACUUGGCGAUCAGCAACGUGAACGCGGCUUCGACACUAGCGCUGCUGCUCCAUGGGGCGGACCCUUACAUCAGCAACACAGCUGGCCAGACCCCCUACGCGCUCGCCCAGCAGUCCACAAACGCAUACAUCAAAUCUCUCUUCAGCGCUCCGCGAUUCCAAUGGUACCUCAGCGACCUCCUCCCUUAUUAACUCCUUCAAAUUUA